UCUCUCUCUCUCUCUCUCUCUCUCUCUCUCUCUCUCUCUCGCUCCUAUAUUAUAUACUUUGCCAAGACGCAACAGCUCGAUCCAUCAAGUUUUACACCACUCUAGAAUUCUCCUUCUUCUCUUCUUCUCACACUCACAAAAUACCAAACCUUUCUCCAGUUCCCUAAUAUAUAUAGAGAAAGAGAGAAAAGCAUCUAACCGCAAAUUAAGAGAAGAAGCAUGAAUUAUUUCCAGUCACAGAGACAAGACUCGUUGAAAAGGAGGUGGCAAGAGAUCAGGAGAUCAAGUGCAACCACUCAACCUUCUUCUGAUAUGAUCACAAACCCUAACGGCGCUCUCAACUGCUUCCCAGGCCUUCUCGGUGAUGAUGAUCUUGUUUCCACGUUGGUCCCUCCGGUGAAUGUGGUGCUCGAAGGCCGCUCCAUCUGCCAGCGCAUCUGUCUCCAAAAGCAUACGAGCUACACAAGUCUAGCCAAAGCCCUCAGGCAAAUGUUUGUGGAUGGCGGCGAUGUUGGAGCUGCUACUGCGGCCGAUAUUGACAGUAAGGAUCUCGAUCUUUCAAAUGCCGUUCCGGGUCAUGUUAUCGCUUAUGAAGACAUGGAGAAUGAUCUCCUUCUUGCCGGAGACCUGAAUUGGAAGGAUUUCGUACGCGUUGCGAAGAGAAUUCGAAUACUUCCAGCCAAGGCAAACUCAAGGAGGGGAGGAGGGAGAAGGAGCACUUAGAUAGCUAAGCAUAUGCUGGAAAUUUGGCAUUUUGCAAGACGUAUUGGCAAGGAAGUCAAGGAAGUCACAUAAUACAAGUCAUAAACGAGACACUUGUGUACGGCGUCUCAUGGAAACAUGGAUGAAUGUCAAAUAUUUUUAGCAUUUUGCAGCUAUCUAUAUAUCGAUACGAUCUUUCUUGGAACCAUGCACAUCAUGUACUCCUCCUUUUUUCCCAAUGAUAAUGUAAAUUAGUUCCCUUCUGAUCGAACUUCCUUGUAUGAAUAAAGGACUGUCUUUCCAGGUUGAGUAUAUACGUAUCUCAUUACU